AUGGGGAAAGGUAGCCGAUCAAUGAGGCGGAGCAAUGUUUAUAUAAGUUUCAGAGGCGAUGACGUUCAUGUUUGUGAAUUCACCGAUAGGCUUUGUGCUGCUUUUCAAAGUGUAGGUUUAACAACCUUUCCGCACAAUAAUAAGCGCGCCACAGUGAGCCCAUGUCUACCUAAACACCCUCGAAGGGCGAUUGAUGAAUCAUGGGUUUCCGUUGUUGUAUUCUCCAAAACUUAUGUUGGUUCAACACGGUGCUUGCAGCAAGUCGACGAGAUUUCUUGGUGGCUUGAGUCACACAUUGUGAUACCAAUUUUCUACUCUAUCGAUCCAGUCAAGGUGGUAGAGGGUUUUGACAUGAUCUGGAAUAUCACCAAAAGAUUUAGGAAUGACAAAAAACUAACAGCAGAAGAGCUGGUGAAAACCUACAAUGAUGACCCGACCGAGGCACUAUUCUCCAUCCAGCCAACCAUUGAUGAUUUGAUGCGAAUCCGACUUCGUCACCGUGAUCGGACCUCCGCGUGGCAACCUGACUUCAUUGCAGACUCCAAGUAUGCCCGAAAACCUUCAUUUUCUAACUAUAUAGGACAGUUUCAAUUAUGGAGGAGUGCUAUACAAAAAGUGGUGGAUCUCCCAGGUUGGGAUGUCCGAUAUGGUUCGCGAGUGAUCAAAGGAAUUAUUAACGAUGUGCUGACACAAUUGCAUCAAAGAGAUUUUCCUUUUGAGAUGGUUGGGAUGCAAUCUCGUGUGGCUGAAGUCAAAAAGCUUUUGAAUUUAGGUUUAGAUGACGAAGUUGGAAUAGUGGGCAUCUGUGGUAUGGGCGGAAUAGGGAAGUCAACUCUUGCUCAAGUAUUGUACAGAAGCAUUUCCCGCUAUUUUGACGCUUCUUGUUUCCUAGAGCAUAUGAGUGAAGCUUUAAGGCAAGAUGAUCGAUCUCUACAAGAAAUUCUUCUUCAGAAACUAGAGGCCAGAGAUACAGAUCUAGAGCCUAUUCUGAAAGGAAUGUUCUCAACACACACAAGUCCAGGACACCACAAGUUUCUCCUAGUUCUUGAUGGUGCUGGUUUUGAACAAAAUCUAGAAGCAGUGAAUUUGAUUGUGAAAUCUAAUUGGUUACGUGGGGGAAGUAGAAUUAUCAUAACAACUAGAGAUGAACGAGUCCUUCAACUAUGUGAAGUGGAUGCUAUUUACAGGCCUAAAUUAUUGAGUGAGGAUGAAGCUCUUCAAUUAUUUUGUGUAAAAGCCUUCAGCCAUAACUGUCCUGUGAGAGGAUAUGAAGAGAUGACACAUAGUGUGCUUGAAUAUGCUAAUGGCCUUCCAUUAGCAAUAGUGACUUUGGGUUCAUCCUUGUGCCAAAAAAGCGUGCAAGAGUGGAGAAGUGCCUUGGCUCAGCUAAAGAGAAUUCCUAAUCGUCAAAUAAUGGAAGUUCUCAAGAAAAGUUUUGAUGAGUUAGAUCAGAUGAACAAGGAAAUAUUUUAG